AAUGCUAACCUGUGCUGCUUUGAAUCUCUAGGUGAGAUUUGUGGAUUUAAAAUUCAUGGGCAAAAUAUCCCCUUUGAUGCUGUGGUAGUGGAUAAAUCCACUGGUGAGGGAAUAAUACGCUCAAAAGAGAAACUUGAUUGUGAACUACAGAAGGACUACACAUUCACCAUCCAGGCCUAUGACUGUGGAAAGGGACCAGAUGGAACUAAUGCAAAAAAAUCCCACAAAGCAAUAGUACAUAUUCAGGUGAAUGAUGUUAAUGAGUAUGCUCCAGUGUUUAAAGAGAAGUCCUACAAAGCAACAGUUAUUGAGGGGAAGAGGUAUGACAACAUCCUGAAAGUAGAAGCUGUGGAUGCAGAUUGUUCUCCCCAGUUCAGCCAGAUAUGCACCUAUGAAAUUGUAACUCCAGAUGUUCCCUUUGCUGUUGACAAAGAUGGUUAUAUAAAAAACACAGAAAAGUUAAUCUAUGGCAAGGAGCGUCAGUAUAAGCUUACGGUGACUGCAUAUGACUGUGGGAAGAAAAGAGCUGCUGAGGAUGUAUUGGUGAAGAUUAGCAUUAAGCCUACAUGCAAGCCUGGCUGGCAAGGCUGGAGCAAAAGAAUAGAAUACGAGCCUGGGACUGGUUCUUUGGCUCUAUUCCCCAAUAUACAUUUGGAGACCUGUGAGGAACCCAUAACUUCAAUACAAGCAACCGUUGAACUAGAGACUAAUCAUAUUGGGAAAGGGUGUGACAGAGAUACUUAUUCUGAGAAAUCCCUUCACAGGCUCUGUGGCGUUUCCUCUGGCACAGCUGAGCUGCUUCCCCCUCCAAGUAGCACUGCUAACUGGACAGUAGGACUCCCUACUGAUAAUGGCCAUGACAGUGACCAAGUCUUUGAAUUUAAUGGCACUCAAGCUGUGAAGAUUCCAGAUGGCGUCAUCACAGUCACUCUAAAAGAGCCCUUUAUGAUUUCGGUGUGGAUGAGGCAUGGGCCUGGUACCAAGGAGAAGGAGACAAUACUCUGCAAUUCAGACAAGACAGAUAUGAACCGGCACCACUACUCUCUUUAUGUACACAAUUGCCGACUUGUUUUCCUCUUCCGCCAAGAUCCUUCAGAGGGAAAAACCUACAAACCUGCUGAAUUCCACUGGAAAUUGAACCAGGUGUGUGACAAAGAAUGGCAUCAUUAUGUCCUCAGUGUUGAAUUUCCAACAGUGACACUCUAUGUAGAUGGAGUUUCAUAUGAUCCUUUCCCAGUGACUGAGGAUUACCCACUACAUCCUUCCAAAAUAGAAACUCGGCUGGUAGUUGGAGCAUGUUGGCAAGACAGCCUGUGUAUCUUAUGUAGGUGUUUCAAUGAAGAAGCCUGCAUUGCCAUUCCCUUUGUGGAUGGUUAUAUAAUGGUCUUGCAGCCUGAGGAACCCAAGAUCAGCUUGAGUGGCAUCAAUCAUUUUGCCCGUUCUGCUUCAGAGUUUGAGAGUCCAGAGGGAGUUUUUCUCUUUCCUGAGCUUCGCAUAAUCAGCACCAUCACUCGGGAGGUGGAACCAGAGGGCGAUGGAGAUGAGGAUCCUACAGUCCAAGAAUCUUUGGUAUCAGAGGAGAUCAUGCACAACUUGGAUACAUGUGAGGUCACAGUGCUAGGAGAAGAGCUCAAUCAGGAGCAGGAAAGCCUGGAGGUUGACAUGACGCAGUUACAGCAGAAGGGUAUUGAGAUGAGCCGCUCCAACCUUGGCAUGAUCAUCACAGGUGUUGAUACUAUGGCCAGCUAUGAGGAGGUUUUGCACUUGAUACGCUACAGAAACUGGCACACAGUCUCUCUGUUUGACCGAAAGUUCAAGUUGGUCUGCUCUGAGCUUAAUGGUCGCUAUGUUAGCAAUGAAUUUAAAGUGGAGGUAUGUGAGCUAAUGUCAUCCCUUUGAAAGUUGUCAGAGCCUGCAGAGAUGAGACUUGUCACAGUUGUUCCAAGUACUGCUACUAUUGUCAUUGUUGUGUGUGUCAGUUUCCUGGUUUUCAUGAUUAUUCUGGGUGUGUUCCGAAUCCGAGCUGCACAUCAGAGAACAAUGCGUGACCAGGAUACUGGAAAGGAAAAUGAGAUGGAUUGGGAUGACUCGGCCUUGACCAUUACUGUGAAUCCUAUGGAGACAUAUGAGGACCAACACAGCAGUGAGGAGGAGGAAGAGGAAGAAGAAAGUGAAGAUGGAGAGGAGGAAGAUGAUAUCACUAGUGCUGAGUCUGAAAGCAGUGAGGGAGAGGAAGGGGAGCAGGAAGAGGACCAACAGAAUGUUAACAGACAGCAACAGCUGGAAUGGGAUGACUCUACACUCAGCUAUUGAUUCCAGCUGUUCCCUUUGUUUUUUUGUUUCUGCUCUAGAAGACUUCACUGUAAUCCUCUCCAUUGUUCCUAAGGAUCCAUGGUGUAAAAAAGUUAUUUUAACCAAUAGAGCCAGCCAACCACCCAUCCCAAUAUUUGUGUUAUACUGGCUAGUUCCUAAUGCUGUCUCUAGAACUGUAGUUAGCACCUCUCCUCCCUCACCCAUCCCUCAGUGACUGAAUUUUUUACACUAUGUGAGGAACUACCUUGCACUUUUUUUCUUCAUGUCAUCUCAGCUAAGUAAGUGACUCUACAGAUGUGUAGCCAUUGCACGUGAGUUUCUGGACAGUUUUUUUUUUCCUGGUGAAACAACUUUGGCUUGAUUCAUCUUAUUCUUUCUGAAAGAUGCAAAGGUCACUUGUUGACAAAGGGUAAAGUUGCUUAUUUCAGCUUGGUGAAUUUUUUUCCCCAAACUAGUGCAUGUGUAAAGUGGCAGAAUGAGGUUAACAUGUAGAAGAUUGACUUUUUCUGACUAUUUUGUAAAUAUAUUGAAUUAUGUCAUUUGUGGUAGUAAAAACAGGGACUGGGGUUUAAAACACGCUAACGUAAAAAUCAUGAAGCAUGAAAUAAUACAAGUCGCAUAACUUUUGCAGUGGGAGCACAGGCACAGUUCUCUAGUGUAGAUGUAUUAAUAAUGCAGUGUCAUUGGCCACAACUGCUGUUAUGCUCCUCCCCACUUUGUUUUUAUGGCGAGAACAGACAAGCUUGCAACUGUAAAGGUUUUUCAGAAAUUCUACAGAGGUUCAACUGCACUGCCUAGUACAGUUUAAGUCUUGAUCCUUCGCUUAUUUCAGUGUAAGGAUUACUAAAUUGAGAGAGAGAAACACUGCCUGGAUGUAGAGCAAGUAAGUUUGCUAUUGAUAUUCUGAGUGUUCUCACCAGAGCCUCUGCUAAUUGGAGUGGGGCUGGUUAUAGUCCAAGGCUGAUGCUUGCUGGUCACAUGGCUGGCAGGGCAAGUUAUUAAGUUGUUUUGUAAUAAUGGUAACUGAAGCUGAAAAGCCUGAGAUGU